UGGCUGCACCGCAGGCCAGGUCUGAUUUUUUUUGGAGACUCAAAGUGUAACCGACAGUGUGUGCUCGCAUCAUGAGUAAGGGAUAUAAGAGAAGAUGCUAAACCAGUGACCGCCCAGGCUUGCCGCGUGACCUGUGACCGCGGACAUUGUGCUGUGUGUACGUGUGUGAAAAGAAGCUUGUGUGCGUGUGGUUGUGUGUGUGUGUGUUGUGUGCUGGUGUGUUGUGUUUCCCUCGAAUCUGUCGCGCAAAAGCUUAUCCCCCCUUCCCGAACCAACAAACAAGUAAAACGAGAAAACACACAGAAGAAAAAAAAACCGAACCUGUAUGAUAACUUAACACCAGCUAACCUCAACCAUGUAUCAAGAGCAAUGCUUGCGGGCGCGGACGGACGAAGAAGCAGAAGCAACGGCAGGAGCGGCAGCAGCAGCAACGGUAGCGCCCCCAUCAUCGAUUAGCUUGGCCGCGUGUGCACCGGUGCGGGUGCGUUGCCCACCCUAGGAGGGCGGCCGUCAGGGUUGGCGGGCGGUCCACCAGGGCCACCACGGACACGGAAACUUCCGACAGCUUAAAACUUAGCAGCGCUUCCCAACGCGGUGCGCUUAACUUUUUAAAUCUCUGCCAGCUCCUCCCCCCCCCCUCUCACUCCCUGUGCUCUCCCUUCGCCGUCUCCUGGUUCCAUCAGUUUUCGGGCACCGCCCCACCGUAGCGCGCGGGGGGAAAAAGGAUCGAGUUUUGUCAGAGAGAAAAAAAAGGAACAAACAGUUUCCGAAGAACAGUUUUGUGCCACAAACUUGCCCAAGAGACUUGCGAAACAAAGCGAAGCCGUAAAACCUGAUGCCCAGCAUGCCCCAAGCUUUGGCUUACUGGAUGUAAAAAAAAAAAAAAAAAAAAAAACAAAAAAUCCUGUGUGCGUGAUUGUGAGGCAGCAAAGUGUCGUUGGCGGGUGCAAGCUUCUUAGCCGAACUUACUUAAUCGAACCGUUAGUGGACUGUGAGUUUUUUUUCGGGGGUUUUGCACCUGCGGAAACUCCAACACAACCGAGCGGGUCCGCGCUGGGGCGGAGGGGCGUGAGCUGCACGGCAGCGUUGGACGGUUCCGGCAGGCGAGCCGGAGCCGGAGGAACAUCAUACGCCACCGGGCGGUACAACAUGGUGGUGGCGGCGGCGGAACCGCGUCGGAACCGGGGCAGUGGCCGGUCGCACCGCUGUCUGGUCGCGCUGGCCGGGUUCGGCGUGCGGCUGGGCCUGAUCGUACCCCUGCUGACGGUACCGCUCUUCCUGGGCAUCGCCCACGGUGAGGAGCAGACAACGGAAAUCACGUCGGAGGGCGUCGGGCACUACAACGGAAAGUCGGAGCAGUCGGGGCCGCCGGGGCCGAAUCAGCUCGGCGCGGCCUGGCAGAUAUUCGGCUCGAACUCGAUGCGGCAGCCGGGGGGCGAGGGCCGGGUCGUCAAGACGAAGCCGCGCAAACCGAAACCCUACCAGAAGGACAUCCGGCCGCAGCUGCCGCCGGGUAAGAUCAUGAUGGCGCCGCCCCGGCGGCGCACCUUCCACCAGGCGACCCAGUACCCCAAGAACGCCUCGAUCGCGAUCGACCGUAGCGCAGGGCUGUCGCACCACCCGAUCGGGAGCCACGCGGCCGGUGGCAAUGUGUACGGCUCGAUGUCGCACUACGACACGGUGUACGGUAUACGGGGGGUCGAGCGGCGAGACAACGAUGGCUUCCGGCCGUUCGAGCGGUACGGGCCGAGCGCGCACCUGGGCCACUACCACAUCCACCCGGACGAUGACAUAUUCCGGCCGGACGAGGAGCUGCUGAUGGAGUCGGGCGGAGGCGGCGGCGGAGCGGGUGCCGCCGGCAAGGCGGACGGGCUGGCCGGGAUCGAGAGCUGCGACAUCAAGUGCGAGCCGCGCGAGUUCACCUGCGACAAGAGCUGCGCCUGCAUCCACAUGGAUCUGCACUGCGACGGGCAGGCGGACUGCGUGCUGACCGAGGACGAGCAGAACUGCGAGAUAGUGCACCAGCGGCUGGCCCAGCAGAUCAAGGACAACUGCGAGACGAGCGGCACGCACGUGAUCUGCGCGACCACGCACACCUGCAUCUCGCGCGACUGGCUGUGCGACGGGGACGACGACUGCGGCGACUACACGGACGAGACGCACUGCGGCAACCGGCACGACUGCACCGAGGAGAAGUUCGAGUGCCAGAACGGGAUGUGCAUACCGCGCGACUGGGUGUGCGACGGCGACAACGACUGCAACGACCUGUCGGACGAGAAAAACUGCACCAAACAAUGUACGCGGGACGAGUUCCGGUGCAAGGAUGGGUCCUGCAUCUCGGCCUCGUUCCAGUGCGACGGCGAGACGGACUGUAUCGACGAGUCGGACGAGGCGAAUUGCGACCGGCCGAUGCAGAGCUGCCCGGAGGGCGAGUUCAAGUGCAAGGGCGCCCUGGGCGGUAUGGGCGGCCCGGGCGGCCGCUGCGUCCUGAUGCGGUUCCGGUGCGACGGCGACAACGAUUGCGGCGACUGGAGCGACGAGGAGAACUGUGCGAAGAAGCAGGUCGACUGCAUGAUCAACGAGUUCAAGUGCGACGAUGGCGACUGCAUUCCGCUGCAGUGGCGCUGCGACGACAAGCAGGACUGCAACAAUGGCGAGGACGAGAAGAACUGCCCGGUGGAUCGGAUCGCCGGGCGGACCUGCUCGCCGGACGAGUACACGUGCAAGGAUGGCCGCUGCAUACUGCGAUCCUGGGUGUGCGAUGGCUCGGCCGACUGUCGGCGCGGCGAAGACGAGCAGGACUGCGACAUCAAGUGUGAGCUGAACCAGUUCCUGUGUCCCUCGGGCAGCCGAAAUAGUACGCGCGACUCCAGCGUGUGCAUCAACCAGAAGCAUGUGUGUGACGGGCACACCGACUGUGCGAACGGCGAGGACGAGAUGCGCUGCCCGAUCGUGCACCCGUGCGGGGCCCACUCGCGCUGCGAGCAGCUCUGCAUCACGGCGUACAGCGGUCGGGAGGAGUGCAUGUGCCGGCCGGGAUACCUGCUGCACGGCAACGGCUACAACUGCACCGACAUCGACGAGUGCAGCAUCACGAGCAAUCCGGUCUGCUCGCAGGAGUGUCUGAACGUGGCGGGCAGCUUCCGGUGCUCCUGCCAGCCCGGCUACGUGCUGCGGCCGGACCAGCGCACCUGCAAGGCGGUCGGCGGCUCGGUGAAGCUGCUGAUGGCGAACCGGGCCGACAUACGGCAGGUGUCGCUCAGCAACAACCAGUACACCUCGAUCGCGAAGGGCCUGCCGAACGCGAUCGCGCUCGACUACCACUACCGGCAGGAUCUGCUGUUCUGGACGGACGUGUCGAUCGACGUGAUCAAGCGGUCGCACCUGAACGGGAGCGGCGUCCGGGACGUCAUCAAGUGGGGGCUGGAGUCGCCGGGCGGGCUGGCAGUGGACUGGAUACACGAUCUGCUGUUCUGGACGGAUUCGGGCACGCGCCGCGUCGAAGUGUCCACGCUCGACGGCCAGAUGCGGGCCGUGAUUGCGGCGAGUGAUCUGGACAAACCGAGAGCGAUCGCGGUGCAUCCGGGCCGGGCGCUGGUGUUCUGGACCGACUGGGGCACGGCGCCGAAGAUCGAGCGCGCGUUCAUGGACGGGUCCGACCGGCAGACGAUCAUCGCGGAGGCCAUCUUCUGGCCGAACGGGCUCACGAUCGACUACACCAGCAGCCGCAUCUACUGGGCGGACGCGAAGCACGUGAUCGAGAGCGCCAACUUUGACGGGCGGGUGAGGCGCAAAAUCCUGAGCAACAACCUGCCGCACCCGUUCGCGCUCGCCCUGUUCGAGGACUCGAUGUACUGGACGGACUGGCACACGAAAACCAUCUCGACCGCGAGCAAGGUGAAUGGGCGCGGCUUCCGCGUCGUGCACGAGGGGCUCCACUUCCCGAUGGGCAUCCAGAGCUACCAUCCGUCCCGCCAGCCCGACUUCACCAACCGGUGCGUGGCGGACAAGAACGGCCGCAAAGGGGGCUGCUCGCACCUGUGCCUGCCGGCCCGCACGCACCGCCGCUGCGCCUGCCCGAUCGGGCUGACGCUGCGCCCGGACCAGAAGACCUGCUCGACCGUGCCGGACAAGCUGCUGCUGAUCGCGCGCAAGAAGGACGUCCGGGUGCGGCAGCUCGAUGCGGCUAACCCGGUCGACAUGGUGCUGCCGCUCGACGGCAUCAAGUCGACCGUCGCCGUCGACUGGUGCAGCCGCACGAACGUCAUCUACUGGACGGACGUCGGCAAGAGCAUGAUCAGCCGGGCGUUCAUCAACGGCAGCCAGCAGGAGGCGAUCGUGAAGGCGAACCUGAUCUCGCCCGCCGGUCUCGCCCUCGACUGGGUGACGGACAAGAUCUACUGGACGGAUCCGGGCACGAACCGCAUCGAGGCGGCGACGACGGACGGGCGCCAGCGGGCGCUGCUGAUCUGGGAGCGGCUGGACAAGCCGCGCGACAUUGUGGUGCACCCGGGCGAGGGCUACAUGUUCUGGUCGGACUGGGGCUCGAACCCGCUGAUCGAGCGGGCCGGCAUGGACGGUACCGGCCGGUUCACGCUCGUGUCGGAGAAUCUGCAGUGGCCGAACGGGCUGGCGCUGGACGUGGACAAGCAGCGGCUGUACUUCCUGGACGGUGGCACGAAAUCGCUCGAGUACGUCAACUACGACGGCACCGGGCGCAACCGGCUCAUCACCGAGGGGCUGAAGCACCCGUUCGGGCUGGACGUGUACGAGAAGCGCGUCUACUGGACCGACUGGGACACGCACAGCAUCCAGGUGGCGAACAUGUACAACGGGCACGACCGGCGCACGAUACUCGCGAACAACACCGACCUGAUGGACAUACGCGUGUUUCACCGGAACAGGCGCGACUCGCGCAACCCGUGCGCCCACAAGAACGGUGGCUGCUCCUACAUCUGUCUGCUGAACCCGACCAGCUACAGCUGUGCCUGCCCGAUCGGUAUCCAGCUGAAGGAUAAUGGUAAAACGUGCAAGAGCGGCCCCUCCAACUAUCUGGUGUUUGCGCACCGUACCGAGGUGCGGCAGGUGUCGCUCGACAGUGACUAUCAGAUCGAUGUGGUGCUGCCGCUGCCCCCGAUCUCGAACGUGGUCACGCUGGACGUCGAUCGGCGCACGGGCGAGAUCUACUGGGCGGACACGAUCGAGGACGUGAUCAUGCGCUCCACGCCGGACGGCAUGCGCAUCAAGCAGAUCUACAGCGAGAGCAUGACCAGCGUGGACGGGCUCGUGAUCGACUCGAUCGGGCGCAAGCUGUACUGGACCGACGCCGGGCGGAAGGUGCUGGAGGUGAGCGACCUGGAGGAGGGCAUACGCAGUGCGCUGGUGUGGAAGGAUCUGGAGCAGCCGCGGGGCAUCGCGCUCGACUACGAGUCGGGCUACCUGUUCUGGUCGGACUGGGGCGCCAACCCGCGCAUCGAGCGGGCCGACAUGGACGGGGAGAACCGGGUCGAUCUGAUCACCGAGGGGCUCGGCUGGCCGAACGGGCUGGCCGUCGAUCGGGCGGCAAAGCGUAUAUACUGGGCCGACGCACAGAUGAAGACGAUCGAGUCGUGCACGCUGAGCGGUGGGGCGCGCACCAAGGUGGUGGAAAAUUUGCCCCACCCGUACGCACUGGCCGUCACCGGGCGCACCAUCUACUGGACGGAUUGGAUCACGAAGGCGCUCCACUCGGUGCCGAAGGGCAACCCGGCCCACAUCCGCAACGUUACGCACGGGCUGGAGGGCCUGAUGGAUGUGAAGGUGGUGCAGGAGGACGAGGAGCGCCAUCUGGAGAAUGUGUGCGGGGCGGGCAACGGGGGCUGCUCGCACCUGUGCCUGCGCAAUCCGACCGGCUACUCGUGCAAAUGUCCGACCGGGCUGACGAUGCGGGAAGGCAGCACGACCGACUGUAAAACCCUGCCGGACGAGUACCUGCUGAUAGCACUGCGCUCGGGCAUUGGGCGCAUCUCGCUCGACACGCCGGACCUGUUCGAUGUGGUGCUGCCAAUCGAGGGCGUACACGGUGCGGUCGUGCUGGACUACCACUUCGACAGCAUGUACGUGUUCUACGCCGAUGUGAACGUGGACGCGAUCCGGCGCGUCAACAUGCACAACUACUCCGACACGCAGGUGAUCGUUUCGAGCGGGCUGAACACACCGAACGGCAUCGCGGUCGACUGGCUCGCCGACAACCUGUACUGGACGGACACGGCCCUGAAGAAGAUCGAGGUCGCCCGGCUGGACGGCUCGUGCCGGAAGGCCAUUCUGACCGACGGGCUGGACGAUCCGCGCUCGAUCAUCCUCUAUCCGAAGCGGGGCUUCGUCUUCUGGGCCGACUGGGGCCAAACGCCCAAGAUCGAGCGGGCGUACAUGGACGGGUCCGAGCGGCGUAGCAUAGUCGACUUCGAGCUCGGCUUCCCGACCGGCCUGGCCAUCGACUUCGACGCGAAGAAGCUGUACUGGGCGGACGCACUGCAGGAUCGGAUUGAGCUGUGCGACUUCGACGGGCGCCGGCGCCAGCAGGUGGUGUCGCACGCGACCCAUCCGUUCGGGUUCACGCUCACCGCGACGCACCUGUACUGGACCGACUGGUACAACAAGUCGGUACUGCGCGCACCGAAGCACAGCGUGUCGAGCGUCGAGGUGGCCCGGUUCAGCUUGCGCGGUGCACUCGAGAUACGGGCCGUGUCGGGGCAGCGGCAACCGCACGACUGGAACCCGUGCCGCAGCGACAACGGCGGCUGCUCGCACCUGUGCCUGUACGCCGAGACGCGGUACGUAUGCGGCUGCCCGGACAUACCGGACGCACAUCACUGCGACCCCGAGCCGGCCAUCCUCGUGGCGAUGAAGCCGAACGACGAGAUGCUGUCGGCGAGCGAGGAGAAACCACCCCACUCGAACGGCUCGAUCGUGCUGAGCAGCAGCCGAAUGCACGCGCAGCUAGUCAUCAUAGCGACCGCCAUCCUGGCCGGGCUGCUUAUCAUCGUCAUCAUCGCCAUCUUAGUGCUGAUUGUCAACUCGAAACGCAAGCAGAGUAAGAAAAGCUCGCGCAGUGCCAGCGACGUGCUGACCUUUACCAACCCGAACUACAACGGCAUCGAGGGUCUCUGCCAGACCGGCGAUUCCGGCUCGUCGCGCAACACCAUCUGGAAGCGGCUGAAGUACGAUCGGGCACAGGAGCGUGUUUUUGAGGAGAAGUAUCUGGGCGUCCAGCAUCACGGUACCAGCAACGGUAGCUACCUAGCGUCGACGCCCACGUCCCAGAUAACACCGGUGUCGGCUGUUCUACCCGUCUAAAGCGCUCUAAGCGUUUUGGGGGCAUGCCAGUCCUUGUGGGUGUAUAGUUCCUGCUGUUCGCGCGAGGCGAUUCACUGACGAUACCCGAAUUCCGAACACAUCUAAGGGCAGACUGAGGACGAGCGGCAUGGGCAAGGGGUUGUUUUUACUCUCCUUCCGGCCGGCAGCUCCUCCUGCAGUUCUGCUACUGGCGAGGAAGACAAAAAAACAAAAACCACAUACAUAUAUAUAUUAGAGAACAGAGUCCUGAGAGGAAAACGGAACACGAACCUUAAACUGCUCAAGCAAGAAUGUUAUAUACAUUACAGACUGGGACACAAAUUGGGAAUGUUAUGACUAUUACAGGCAGCUAAAUCACAACAUCGUUAAAACGAAAAGAAAGAAACAAACAAAAAAACACACACACACUCACAUUAAAGAACUUUACAGAAUAUUAAGAUAACAUUUCAAUUCAAUGAAAUAUUCUAUAGCGUUUGCAACGCAGCAGCAACUCGUUGCUAGAUGGUGUCCCCAGGCAGUGCCCUUGGGGAGCCUGAGGGGAGGAAAUGUACUGGAAAAGCUGUGAGCUAAAAUACAUACCGGUGGUCCGGCACCAACCAGUUGGUCCCCACAGGUUUAGGGUCAUUCGUUUCCGUUUGAUACUUCCGUUUGAAGCGUUGCAUACUCCCAUACAUAUGCGUAAACAUGCUGUGAACUAUCCCGGUGGUGGCGAAAGAGAUAAAAAUAUAGGUGAAAAGAGAAAGAGAGAGGGAGAGAGUAGUCGCACCACCGACAAAACAAACCAUAAAGCAAACGAUUCCAUUACACGUUUGUCAAACAACACAUCUUUGCCCACAGCGGGCCAUCUUUUCCACCUACGCUCGGUUCACUGUAUCCAUUCAAAGAAGCAAAAGAAGUAGAAGAUGUUGAUGAUGUUUUGGAGCAAUGCACAAAACAAUACUGGCAGAGAUUGCUGGACUCCUAAAGGAUGAUCUUUUGCUCCAGCAAGAAGCUGUCGUCUUAAUAUCUACGUGCGUGUGUGCGUGCGUGGCUUGGUAAAUACACCCACCCAUACACACACGCACACACUUAACGCAAACAGGCAAAUACAUUCGGGCAGCAAUUACCCGCCAGGUUGGAUGUGGGGGAGGGGGACCUACGCGAACCCGUUUUAGAAGCUAAAUUUGUAUAUUUGUAGGUGAUCUGUACACGUGUACUGUGUGUUUUCAAUUCAUUCUGCAUGAAUUUGUAUCUAAGGAAGAUAAAAAGAGGAAGACGACGAAGAAGAAGGAGAAGAAUACAAAAUACCAUACCACGAAAGGAAGAGAAAGGGGAGGAAAAAAGUAACAAACAUACAAAUAAAGCAAACAAACAAGGGCAACGAGAUUGUAGUGGUAGAAGGCGAGGGCGAACUUGAUACGACUAUAUAGGAGGCUGUGUUGUGUACCAAUCUGACGUGUAGGUGCGCGUGUGUGUGCGUGCGUGUGUGUGUGUGUGUGUGGUGUGUGUGUGUGUGUGUGUGAGUGACGGUUUUAGUGGCGAACGUUACUUAGCAAGCGCUUGCACUCUGCUUGCUAGCCGUCAGCGUACGUCAGACUGUUGGAUCUGUACAGUGGGGAGGGCCGCAUCGCCUCUUGUCCCCGUGCGUCGGUGGCUCCGGACUGCGGGACCAGCGUAAGAGGUGGUGCGUUAACAUCCAACGUCUUUAAAUUCGGUUGUUAAUUAGUGAAUGUGUCUAUAGUCGUACACACACACACACACUUACACACAGGCACAUCCUCGCGGCAGCUCAAAAAUCAUAACUCGAGUGGCAACGCAUGUUGCGCUCCGAGGUUUACUACGUUAUUAGUAGCGAUACAUUAGGGCGAUAGCUCAGACCGCCAGAGAAGGCUCGAGCGUGAGCUAACAAACAGACAAACGAACAAAAAAAAUGGAGGGGCCGACACCAGACAGCCAAAGUUUGGCCCCGGAUGCGGUCGCUCCGGUCGCUCGCAGGACGCGCCGCGGCGUUCUUCGUUCAGUUUUACUCAAAGCACACUUGUUUCAAAUCUACCAAGCGUUGCUCUGUUUAGCAUGUUGAGACUAUUGACUGAUUAUCGAUGUAUGUAUCUAGUUUAACCGGACGACGAUGUUGGAGGGGCGGGUGGUAUGGGGGCUGUGCAAGGGAUGGUUUGAAGCAAACCAACGCCACCCCGCGGACGUGGUCGGACCGAUUAGUAAAGGGGACGAACGAAGCUUUACGAUUCUUGGUGGUCUUUGUGGUGAUCGGGUCCUCGGUGCACCGACCUUGGACGAUUGGCUGGAGCUGGGCACAUCGAGUUUAAACUUUUUUGUUGUUUUGCGGGCUUUAAGGAUACCGAAGGAUGCAAACCCCAAAACACUGCUCAUACCUCCACUCCCCUCUGUUGGCGACCGAACGUUUUGCCGCGUGGUUUGGUGUGCCCGUUUGGGGUCCUACACGACAAGGGGAAGGAGAGAUUGAAAAAAAAGGAAUUAAGAAAUGCCAAGCAAAUACGAAACAAACUUAUUUGUAAAUACUGUGUACUACAAGGGCAAAACACAAACACACAUUCACAUAUUACACUUUACACACACAAACAGAGCAACAUGGCGAGAUUGUCAUCGGAGUAGUGUGUUGACGUGCAGCAAUCAGCACAGUUGAUGGACAGUGCAACAAUGUGCCAAAAGCAUCGAAUCGGAUCGAUUAGGCGAGUUUUUGGUUGGUUCGUUAGUUUCGUUACGGUUUGCAAUCAACGCGUAGGCAGCGCGCACUUGGGGACAGUUGGCGAAACCUGCGGGCCCAGUCUAGCUCCACAUGUCUGUGGGUACACUCAGCGGUAGCUUCCUCGCCUGCAUGCAGCCGGCUGGGUGGGAGCGGACUAAGUCGGCGGUCCGUUUGCACUGCUUACGGCGCCAGAGGCUCAAAAAGGUUGUGCACACAACCUGGAACGCUUUGAGCAGAUGCAUCACGGUACCAGCCGGCGUAGACUGUGCCUACCAGUGCGCUUCGUUUGCUGCGUGCUACAGCCGAGUGUCUCCUUAUGCCCGUGAGUUUCCGAGCUGUCUCCCAAGGCGUGUGGAAUGCGUUAAAGAAUUCGAAAGAGAAGAAAAAAAAACACAUAAAUAAUUGAGGCUAGUGUGAGGACAACAAUUGAACAUUAUUUUUCCAAAAAUAUUCUAAAAAAAAAUGCAUAAUAUUUGCAUGACUGUUUUACCGCUCACGUUAACACAUCGUAAGAGAUACUCACCAGGACAACUCGACCGGUCUGCCUGUCUACACAACAAACGGAAACGGCACAGAACACAGGCAAAAGUACGCUAUACAAUCUCUGUAAAAGAAGCAGACAAACGAUGCAUCAAAGUGUUGCAUUGCGAGUAACUAAUAACUUUACGGUACUUGAAACACAGGGCAAUACAUUCUAAUCGGACGGUGUCUAUCGUUUCCAUAGCAAUGCGUGUGUGACAAGAUGAGCGGCAGAGGCCAAACCCCUAAGCAAGCCCUCAGCUCCCGCAAAGCAAACCGUUGCUGCGGCAAACUUGGCACCAACGGUGCCCUCAAUCAAGGGGCUCUACAUUGAGGCUCACACUACGGGGGAGCCAGGUUUGACCCCACCCCGAACGGUUUACGGAUGCGCUUUAGGGGCGUUUGUUGAUUGUUGCAAAAAAAAAAGAAAAACAAAACUCAUUUGCCUCAUCGUUCAUACAAUCUGUUCGAACGUGUUACUUUUCUCUUGUCUCAAGACCUGAACUGGAACAACAGCAGUUAUCACUUGGUACUUAGCGUGGCUAAACGUCAAGUUUAAGAUAAAAAAUAUAAUGUAAACACAAAAAAACAAAACCAAAAGAAGAGACGGGCUGUUUGCGAUGUUAAAUUGCGAGUGAGGGGAGGGAAGGGCAACAUAAACAAAGCAAAAACGCAUGCAUUCAUGCAGGUUUUUGAAUCCGCGAAACGCAUCAUCAGAAUGCGCGUUUUAGUGCAGCCGUACCGUGGGAGGUGCGGAUUUUUUUUUUGUUUUGUGCUACGGAGUAGAGAGUCGGGGAAGCAACACGACAACACAAAUGCAUGUUUUUUCGGGAAAUUUACGAUAGGGUUGGUAAGCGACGGGGGCGCCCUACUGCACACAGGGCAAUGGUAGAAGUGCGCUCGGGGCAAUCACGCUCGAUGGCUCUAGAGGGAUUCGCUGCUGUCACUUCCAUUGUUGCCCGCCGCAUGUGUGCGGGCGCAGUGCGGCUAAUGCGCCGCGGGGAGAAGAGUGUUGGAGUGUUUUAUUAAUUUAUUUGUUUGUGUUGUUUUUUACGGACACAGUAUAUGAUAUCAUCGGGAAGGUUACAAAUCGGCCGUCCCAGUUUAUACAUGUAAAAACAAAAUGAAAAACACAAACACACACACACACAAAGAAAAGCCACAGGCUUUAGUAAAGGCAACGGGGAAGAAAUCCAUUGGACCGAUCGCUUUGGGUAUGCGAACGAAUCUCGCGGAAUGAAAUUUGCGCAAGGCUCUACAAAUUUUAUUAUCGCCGAGAUAUUCGCAGAGGGGGUUUAUGACAACAACAACAACAACAACAGAACACACUCACAUACACUCUGAGAUUUAGUAUAAGCAAGAUGCUCGGGAUGGGGCAGAGAGAAAGAGAGGGAGAGAGAACGAAAGAGAGCAAAAGAGAGAGAGAAACCAUAGCGUAGAGCGUUCCAAAUGCUACAACAGUAAAUGAAUUAUGAUGUAAAACGGAUGUGAAUAAUUUAUUACCUACCUUAUAUAGUAUUAUAAGGAUAAUACAAGUUUUGGCAGGGUUAUAGACAAACAAAAAAAAACUGGCUUGUGAACAAACAAAAUGGGGGAGACCGAAGAAAGCCGCAACGCUUCGUUCGGAUCUCUUGUUUGAUGCUCAUUUUAAACAUUAUUUGUAGGGUAUAUCUUAGGAGGUCCAGUUAAAGUGGACAGUAAGGAUCAUCUACGCAAUGCAUUUAACGAAAGGAAGAAAAAAAAAGACAACAGUACGUAUGAUUUUUGCUAACACACAGUGUGAACACAAUACUACAACACUGCAGCAUUCGGUGCAAAGCAAACAGAGCAAACCUACACCAACACACACAAGAGAUUUUGCGAUGUGAAACGAAGGAAAAGGCGCUCCAACCGUAACUCUGGUACACGCGCUAGGUUCAUGCUAAUGCCGUUCGGAUGGGGUUUAGGCAAAGGCAAAGCUAAAACACACAUACACUCUCACACACAAACACAGAAACAAAACAUAGAUUCACAUUUACAAGCGAGUGAAACAGAGAGAAUCGAAGAAUGAUAUAAUGGUUGAAGGAAGGCGGUACCGCGCAUCUAACGUAAGAUUGAUUGUAAUGAGGAAGUAUAAACAUUUGAUAACCUCGAAGAGGGUAUAGCAAGAGCGUAGCAAACAAAACGAGCAACAACAAGAAAAAAAACGAAGACGAGUCAAACGAAACACAAACACACACAUGAAGGUCAGUGAGUCUAACUCACAAAUGAUUCAGAUGAUAUUUAUAUUUUUAAAAAGAAAAACCAAACAAAAAAGUGAAUAGUCCUGCAUUUAUUAGGAACAAAAGAAGAAAAAAAGUCGUUUAAACUACAAAAAAAGGAACAGCAUGCGGAAUGUGAAAAUGCAGUUGGCGUGGACAGAGGGGGACAGAGAUUGAACAGUGGUAGAGCGAGAAAGCGAGCGAAACAGCGAAAAACAAUUGAGCGGACACGAGCAAAUAAAAGGGGGGAAAAGGUAAGGGGGAGGGAAGAAAACAGUUCUCAAAUCAAUGUAUAUUAGGAAUUUAACAAGACAAACCAAAACCAGAAAACAAAUCACAAAGAAAACAACACCAUACACAAUACAGACACUCACACACGCGUACACAUGAAUACAAACAGACAAGUGCAAGCAAAUCGAAGCAAAAACAACAAAAGAAAAAACAAGAUGAGAAAAUAUGUUAAGGUAUUCUGACACACCAAUCAGCUCAACUAAAAGCAACUGGAUGACAGGGGAAAACAAAGGGAAACGAACCUGCCAUCGCACACGGAAGCAAAACUACAACAAAAAUAAGGUACGUGAAUGGAAGCGCCAGCAAACGAGUGAAGAAACACAAGCAAGCAAACAAGCAAACAAACAAUAAACUAGUUCAUGUGAGGUGGGAAAUUGGACAAACAGAAACACAAGCGAUGAAAAAAGAGAAGAAUGCGAGGGAUAUUGAAGCGAUGUACGCUGCAGCAGCACAGGCCGGCACGGCGAUGGCCGAGCAUUUGACAGUGACACAACAACAAAACCCCCAAUUCACACAGAACAGCUGGUCGUUUUAAAAGGACUGUGUUAAGUUCCAUAUCCUUGUUCGGUGUAACGCGGUGUUUGCAACUAAUUUAAUUGAGCAACAAAAUGGUACACAUUACCACGCGGUGGUCAGGUUCGGUUGUGAGGCGCAAGGCAGAUGCUGUUCAUCCACGGCGGCUGCAGCAAAAUGCAUGGAUUUGGACUAAUUUUGAUAACUUAUUCACUACGAAAGCCAACUGAGUGAAGCGUGCACGUGUUAGAAGAAUUGAUACAACGGAAUGCUUGCUUGAUAAGACAGUUUAGUGUGUUUGACACGGAAGGUUUUUUCUUUUCACAAGCACAACGGUCAGGCCUUAGUACUCGGCGAGUACAUUUAGUAAUGUUCUGUUGUGUUUUUUUUUUUACGAAAACAGAAUAAUGUUCUUCAAUGCUCAUGUUAGCCAUUAUGUUAACUGAUUUCUUGACAGUAACAACCUCACACAUUCAUAUCCGUAAACACACAAACACACACCCACACAUCACACACACAAACGCGAACAUCGAAAACAAAUAAUGAAAGCACGGAUCUAAAUAGUUACGUAAGCAUUCCGACACAUACUAACUAAUGCUGAAUAUUUCGAUCACAACAAUUACCUAGCGAAUUGGGCAGUGUGCUGCAGGGAAGCCGCCAUUUUCUACCACUGGAGAAAUCCUAGGUCAGCUGACACACUCACAAAUACACUCAAUAACACACACACACACCAUACACACAUACCCACAGACACACAUCCAGACACGUUGAAGCCAUUGAAAGGUGGACUCGGCUCGGCUUGUCGAGGAGCGCAGGUCACGGACGUGGCUCGCGCACGGGACCGGAUGACCAACCGGUCGCCGUGCGCGAUGCCGCGCCACGGAGCGAGAGCAGUGAUACGGUAGGCAGGGAGGAAACGGGAGGGAAAGUUGCGGUGGCGGAUGAACAAACCACUAAAGAAAACUGAAUAACAUUGUAAUGAUAAAGAGAAAGAAAAAUUAAAUAUUAAUAAAUGUAUUUUAAAUGUUAAAAAA